GUAAGGCCUCGCCUGGCUCCCGCUCCCCAGCGAUCCUAUAGGCGAGGUCCCACUGACUGCCCCUCCCCAUUGCUCCGUUUUCUUGUCCAUUACGCGCUAUCCCUCCGCCUCUCCUUCUUUCUUUUCUUUUCUUUUUUUUCCCCUUCUCCUUCCCCCCCCCCCCCCUUUCUCCAGCUCUGUGUCAUUUCCUCCUCGAGCUAAGCUCGCCCGCUGCCCGAGCUUCUCCUGCCGGGAGAGUAGGCGGAGCAGGGCGGUGCGGGGUGGCGUAGCACUGGAGGGCGAUGGUGGCGGAGCUGCUGGGGGCGGAGGCAACGUAGCCCCCGAGGAAAAGGAGCUCUGCGUCGCCUGAGAGGAGCGGAGGAUGGAGAGCCGGCCUGGGUCCUUCCAGUACGUCCCCGUGCAGCUGCAAGGGGGGGCGCCCUGGGGCUUCACCCUGAAGGGGGGUCUGGAACACUGCGAACCGCUCACAGUGUCUAAGAUUGAAGAUGGGGGCAAGGCAGCCUUGUCCCAGAAGAUGAAAACCGGUGAUGAACUGGUGAAUAUCAAUGGCACUCCACUGUAUGGAUCCCGCCAAGAGGCCCUCAUCCUCAUCAAAGGCUCCUUCCGGAUCCUCAAGCUGAUAGUCAGGAGGAGAAACGCCCCUGUCAGUAGGCCACACUCAUGGCAUGUGGCCAAGCUGCUGGAAGGAUGCCCUGAAGUGGCUACCACCAUGCAUUUCCCUUCUGAAGCCUUCAGCUUGUCCUGGCAUUCCGGCUGCAACACAAGUGACGUGUGUGUGCAGUGGUGUCCACUCUCCCGGCACUGCAGCACUGAGAAAAGCAGCUCCAUUGGCAGCAUGGAGAGCCUGGAGCAACCAGGCCAAGCUUCCUAUGAGGGCCACCUCUUGCCCAUGGAUCAGAACAUGUACCCCAACCAGCGUGACUCAGCCUAUAGCUCCUUCUCAGCCAGCUCAAAUGCCUCUGACUGUGCCCUUUCCCUCAAGCCAGAAGAGCCAGGCUCUGCAGACUGCAUCAUGCUAGGCCCGGGGCCAACAAAAGCUGCCAGUGGCCGGCCCAAUGUGACUGAGACCUCUGGAGGUAGCCGGCGCACCACCAAUGGGGGCCACCUGACUCCCAGCUCCCAGAUGUCAUCCCGUCCACAGGAGGCCCACCACUCUGGGCCUGCCAAGGCUAUCAGAGGCCCACCACAGCCUCCAGUGAGGCGAGACAGCCUUCAGGCCUCCAGAACCCAGCUCCUUAAUGGAGAGAAGCAUUGGACCUCUGAGCAUGUGGACUCCUUGCAGCAGAAGGAGAUAGUGAGCUUAGACACCGUGCUAUCCCCAAGGAACCCUAACAGGUUCUGUUGCCUCAGCGGGCAAGACCAAGUGACAAAUGAGGGCCAUCAGAACUGUGAGCUCAGCCAAGGUCCUGAAUCCGGCCAGCGGGACUCUGAGCAUCUACUGAUGGAGGCCUCAGCCAAAGCCAUUGGAUUCCCAAAAGUGUAUGACAAAGCUUCCAGCAUAGAUUCCAGCCCACUCAAGAAGGCUUCAGCAGAACCAACUAAGGCUGCUUCUCUUGGCAGCCCUCCACACCUCACAGGACCCACGGGGCAUCGUCAUAGUGCCCCUGAACAGCUUCUGGAAUCCCAUUUACAGCAUGUACACCUUGAUAUGAGGGGCAGCAAGGGAAUGGAGCUCCCAACCAGGGAGGAUGGGCAUGAGUGGACUCUGUCACCUUUGCAUAGCAGCCACACAGGGAAGAAAAGUCCAUGUUCCUCCACAGGAAGAACCCAGGACCAGCCUAGCAAAGAGAGAAAGACCAGGCAAGUGGAUGACAGGUCUUUGGGUUCAGGACACCAGAGCCCAAGCAGUUCCCCACAUGGAGAGGCUGAUGGACACCCUCCAGAGAUAAGUUUCCGGGACCCAAACAGAGCCUGUAGAGCAAGCAGUGAAUUAGCCAGCCAGCAGCCCUCUGCCUCUGGCUCCCUUGUUCAACAAACCAGGGAUUGUUAUUCAACCACUAAAGUAGCUGGCAGCAUGGAGUCUACUGAAGAAGGGGACAGUGAACCCAAGGAAUGUGGCCAGGUAGGUGAGAGACGAAAUAGAGGGCCCCGGGGCCGCUCAAUCCAAAACCGGCGUAAGAGUGAGCGUUUUGCUACCAAUCUGCGUAAUGAGAUUCAGAGGAGGAAGGCCCAGCUCCAGAAGAGCAAGAAUCCCUUGUCACAGCUGUGUGACACUAAGGAGCCAGUGGAAGAGACUGAGGAGCCCCUAGAAAGUACUCCACGUUCUGCCUCGAACUCAUGUCUUCUAUCUUCAUAUAAAAAACCACCUAGCCCCAGGGACAAGCUCUUCAACAAGAGCAUGAUACUCAAGGCUAGGUCUUCAGAGUGCCUCACCCAAGCCACUGAGAGCCAUGAAUCUAGAACAGGCUUAGAGGGACAAAUAAGCCCCGGCCAGAGGCCUGGCCAGCCCUCUUUUGGCCUGAACACCUGGUGGAAAGCAUCUGACCUGUCCUCCUCAGACUCUGAGAAAACAAAUGUUCACCGUGGAGUCUGUGGAGGUCACUGGAGAUGGUCUCCAGAGAACAACCUACAGCCACAUGUGGCAUUAUCCAUGGAAGGUCCUUCUAACCCAAGUGACAGCAAGGAAUUGAAGGUUUCUACUGCCCAAGCUGGGGAGGAAGCCAUCCUCCUUCCCUUUGCAGACAGAAGAAAGUUCUUUGAAGAGAGUAGCAAAUCCUUAUCUACAUCACAUUUGCCAGGUUUAACCACUCAUAGCAAUAAGACUUUUACCCAGAGACCAAAACCUAUAGACCAAAACUUCCAGCCAAUGAGCUCCAGCUAUAGGGAAUUGAGGCGCCAUCCAAUGGACCAAUCAUAUCAUUCUACAGACCAACCAUAUCAUGCCACAGACAAAUCAUAUCAUUCGGUGUCACCCCUUCAGUCAGAAACUCCUACAUACUCAGAAUGUUUUGCAAGCAAAGGUCUAGAACCAUCCACGUGCUGUAAGUCGCUGCACUGUGGGGAUUUUGACUACCACAGGACCUGCUCCUACUCCUGCAGUGUCCAGGGAGCCAUAGUCCAUGACCCUUGCAUGUAUUGUUCUGGGGAAAUCUGCCCUGCUUUGCGAAAGAGAAAUAUGAUGCCAAACUGCUACAACUGUCGGUGCCACCACCACCAAUGCAUCCGGUGUUCAGCUUGCUAUCAUAAUCCCCAGCACAGUAGCCCUGAGGAUGGCAGUUUGGCACCUAGCAACACUUGGAAACCCAGGAAGCUGACAGUGCAGGAAUUUUCUGGGGAUAAAUGGAAACCAAUAACAGGAAACAGGAAGACCAGCCAGUCAGGGAGAGAAAUGGCUCAUUCCAAGGCUAGCUUUUCGUGGGCAACUCCGUUCGAUCCUUGCCUUGAGAACCCAGCACUGGGCUUGUCAAGCUACCGAGCAGUCUCUUCUCUUGACCUCCUUGCAGACUUCAAGCACUCUUCAAAAAAAACAGAGGAAACUUCUGUUUAUGAGGAGGGGAGCUCCAUGGCCUCCAUGCCCCACCCACUGCGCAACCGUGCCUUCUCCGAAAGCCAUAUAAGCUUGGAGCCCCAGAGCUCCCUGGCCUGGCGGCAGCAUAGGAGAGAGCUCUUUACCAAGGUUGAGACCCAGCCGGAUCCUCUGGGAGCCAGGAAGAAGGCCUUUCCUCCUCCUCGCCCUCCUCCUCCCAACUGGGAGAAGUACAGGCUUUUCCGUGCAGCCCAGCAGCAGCAGAAGCAGCAGCAACAGCAGCAGAAGGAGGAGGAGGAAGAGGAGGAAGAAGAGGAGGAAGAGGAGGAAGGGGCAGAGGAGGAAGAGGAGGGGGAGGAGGAGGAGGAGCUGCCACCCCAGUAUUUCAGUUCAGAAACCACUGGUACCAGUGCCCUCAAUCCUGAAGAGGUCCUGGAGCAGCCACAACCCCCAGGCUUUGGCCACCUGGAGGAUUCAAGGCAGGGCUCAGAAAGCCUCUCAGCAGAGCAAGAGUCCUUUGGUCUCCAUUCCAGCAAUUUCCUGCCUCCAAUAAGGGGACACUUGGGCUCUCAACCUGAGAAGGCUCAGCCCCCUUGCUAUUAUGGUAUUGGUGGCCUUUGGAGAACAUCAGAGAAGGAGACCACUGAUUCCCCCAAACCAGAAGCCUUGAUAGCAGAAGAGUCCAAACCCAAGCCAGCAUGGAGCCAGAGCUACUUCUUUCCUGAGGAGCAGUUCUCUUUCAUGGGCUGGAGCUCUGAGAAGCAGCACCUCAGUCCCAUGGGCUUCAGUGAAUCCAAGACAACAGGACAAGAGUUUCAGCACUUCUCACCUCCUCCAGGGGCCCCAGGGAUCCCCACCUCUUACUCAGCUUAUUACAAUAUUUCGGUGGCCAAGGCAGAGCUGUUGAACAAGUUGAAAGACCAACCUGAGAUGGCAGAGACUGGCCUGGGAGAGGAAGAAGUUGACCAUGAACUGGCUCAAAAAAAGAUACAGCUUAUUGAAAGCAUUGGCAGAAAACUGUCAGUCCUGCGGGAGGCCCAGCGAGGACUGCUAGAGGACAUCAGUGCCAAUUCUGCCCUUGGGGAGGAGGUGGAGGCCAACCUGAAAGCUGUCUGUAAAUCCAAUGAGUUUGAAAAAUACCGCUUGUUUAUCGGGGACCUGGACAAAGUGGUCAACCUGUUGCUGUCACUCUCUGGACGACUAGCCCGGGUGGAGAAUGCUCUCAACAGCAUUGAUUCAGAAGCUAACCAGGAGAAGUUGGUGCUGAUAGAGAAGAAGCAGCAGCUGACAGGGCAGUUGGCAGAUGCCAAGGAGCUGAAGGAGCAUGUGGACCGCCGGGAGAAGUUGGUGUUUGGCAUGGUCUCCCGCUACCUGCCUCAGGACCAGCUCCAAGAUUACCAGCACUUUGUGAAGAUGAAAUCUGCUCUCAUCAUCGAACAGCGAGAGCUGGAAGAGAAAAUUAAGCUUGGGGAAGAACAGCUCAAAUGUCUCAGGGAGAGCCUACUCCUGGGGCCCAGCAAUUUCUAAUUCCACCAACAGACUGUCACACCAUCCCCGCCCAGCCACAACGGGAAGUGCUUUCAGUCUUCGUUAGCAGUUUGUUAGCAAGUAGAUAGCAGUUUAGUUAGCAGUUUGUUCCAUAUCCUCUACCUUGGACAUCUCUCACUGCCCCUUACCUAGCAUUGCUCCCAACCAGCUAGGAGUUCCUGAGGAGGCCCCCAAGCCUCUACUCUAGGGAAUAGAUGCAAGAGCUAGGAGCUGCCUGCAGCAAAGGGUGAUCAUACAACCACACUCCCCUUCCCACGGUUUGCACAGGCAAGUGCUCACCACACACAGAACCAACAAAGUGCCUCAUUCUUCUUGGUCCAAGGACUGCAAAGACACCAUGCACUCACCACCCACCCAUGCCCCAAUAAGCCUCUCAAGGCUCAGAGAGAAGCUGCCUGUGCAGCUCCAUUCUGCCCAAGGCUCAAAGCCCAGCCAUUUCCCACAGAGAUCUGGCUGUCUUGAGAGCAUCACUUCCCACCAGUUUAAGGGCCUCACCUAAGCUUUACAGUGGGAAGCACAGAAGGAGAAAUUACACUAAACAGAAUGUGAGCAAAGAUCGGGAAUCCCUAGGUGCCCUGCCGAAGCCAGGUUUAAACAAAUGGGCUCCACCCCCACUGGCCCCAGCAUCUGGUUGAGGGGGAAGAGGCCUACUCCAACUAGUGUGGCCCUCCUCCUGUCCUCAUACUUCUGGCUUACCACUUCCUGUUCCAUCUUGCCUUUUCAUUGCCAGUGGUCACCGGUGCCUACCCUAAGGGCUUCACACUAUGGACCAUUAAUAGCUCUACUAAAGCUGACUUCUGGAUACCCAUUUCAUUAUUGGGGUGAGGGGUUCUUUGUUGUAUUUUAAAUAGCCUUUUGAUUUUAUUUAUUUUUAUUUUUUGAUUUAUUUUUUUCCUUUUGUAACUAAUAAGGUGAGAAGAGGGGAGGUGGAAAGGGAAAAGGAAUCCUAAAAGGAAAGCGUGUUCUGCAGAUCAACCUGGAUUCACCAUGGCUAGAUGAGGGAAUGCCGAGGCCUUGAAUUCUUCCCACCAAACACUACAAGAGUCUAAGAAAGGAGUUUUCACCUUGAACUUAAUUUACUAUGGCCUGGCCCUAUACUAAAGUCAGCAAUGACCAUAAGCUUAGCAUUCCCCAAUGGAUUUCAGUUUUUUACUUAUUUUUUCUCAAAACCAAAGAUAUCCAAAACUGACAAAAGUUCAUCACCCAUUUUUCUACUAUCUCCCAUCUAAGGAAAUGGGUAUAAGUGAGUUCAGGAGGAGAUCCCUCUAUCUCACAAUUGCUUUCUCAGCCUGUGGCCUGACUCAGGGAACUGAAAGUCAUGGUAGCUGGAAGCUCCAGCCAGGGCCAGCCCCCCAGAGCAAAUUAUGAUCCAGCCAGGAUCUUAGGCACACAAACAACUAAUGCUGCUGUUGUUGCCAAUUCCCUGACACCACUAGCCAGUUUCUGUCCUGGAAAAUCCCUCAGGUGGGUGAUGGCAGGAAGGGAAUUGUGGCCAAACUCUGGCUUGUUAUCCAGCUCAAUUCCCCAUUCCUUGCUCACUGGCACCCACGGUUCAUAUUGCACAGCUCUGCCCAACAAACCUGGGCAUCUCUUCUAGUUACUGCUGAGUUCCUCAGGAUCCUUGGAGGUUAACUGUAGCAGCAGGGAUGCCUUAUUCAACCAAAGGAUUUGCCAAAGAACUUUGCUGCUGCUACAAAUAGUGGUCUCUAGCUUCCGUUUCCUUUUCAUUGUAUUUGAAAACAAUGGAAGAAUCUUGGCCAGCAGGGUGUCCUGAGGGAGGCCCUGGGUAUGCUCUUAGUACACUGCUGCUCUCAGAACCACUGUUAAAAUGUCAACCUGCCAUUCUCCCCUCAACUGGGGAAGUCUACCCUAUUCACGAAGGCCGAUGGCUCCUAAAGGGCUAGGCUUACCCAAGCCACAUUUGAGGAAGGUGGGGGAAUGCUAUGAAUAGAAGCUAUGGUUGCCAUCUUUUUUUUUUUCUUAAGCAGACUCUAGGAUAAACAAUGAGUAAGUUGAGACAUCCUAUAUUGGGGGGUGAGGCCAAUGUAGUCCAUCGUUCUAAGAUUUUCUGGGGCCAGAAUAGCUUUUUGGGAACACAGGCUGAGGGAAGAGUGGUCACUUGCCUGGGCAUGAUGACUGUGGUCUGGGUUUCUCUAGUCAGUGUUACAUUGCUUGUACGUUAAAUUUCUCACACAAAAAAAGUACUAUUGAUUGUAUUAUUUUUGUCCCUUAUCCCACCUGAAAUUAAAGUUGAAACCAGAAGACAAGGAUGCUCACUUUCACACAGAAGAAGGGUGGUUUCUAAAACAAUAUAAUAACCACCAACCUAUACUGAGCAGUGAAGCUUGGUAGACAGGUGAAGUACCAAAAGGGAACUAAUGCCCUGUGCUGCUGAGGCAGCAGUGCCAUCAUGCCUCAUAGUGCUUCAGAGCUGCGAUGUGGUGUCUCUCCCCUGUUCUCGUUUCCUGGGCUCAGCCCUCUUGCAAGGCCUGCCAGGGGUAAGCAGUUUGGAAGGCAGGCCAAGGGAUUUCCCCAAAGACAAUUACUGGUCUUAAUUUUUGCCCUCUCUCUUCAGAUACUCAUAUAGGCCCCAGUGGGUAAUAGGUUGAUCUAGAGAGAGGAGUCAGUACAAGAGUUACUAUCACUUGUCCCUUCUCACUCCCCCACCCCCACCUAGAUAAUUGAGUCUCGAGUCCCACCAGUUGCAGACCCAGCCAGGGUAUAGUGGUAAAUGCUCAAGGGGAACCUGAGAGAAAGAGGCAGACACACUAAAAGCUCUAGAAAGGGAGAGACUGGAAGCAGAGGAACUGAGAGGGUGAAAGACGAAAAGUUUUUUUCAAGGCCAGAGUCAGGUUCUGUUUUCCAUUUAACCUCAGGUGUCAAAAAGCUGCCCUGGGCAUUAGAGCCAUAACCUUUAACCCCCCCAUCUCCCUGAAGGUGCUGCUCUGUCAGUAGUACCAAGUCCCAGACGGAGGAAGCUGGGCACAUAUAUGGCCACUCCCUUCUGUCUGGAGCUUGGUGACUCCCACUGUCUUUGCCAAAGGAGUUGUCUAUGCCAAUAGUAUUUCUGUAACAGCCUAUUGUAUUCUUGGAAGAUUAGUAGAUCUUUAGAGGGGGGUGGGGCAGGGGACAGUUUCUAUAAAGAACCAGUGUUUGUUGUACAACUGUUGGGGGUCAUCUAUGCCAUGUUAUUUUUCUGAAUCUUACAGUUUCUGCAAUUGUGUCCUCCACCAUUCCCUUCUUGGCUGACAUUGAUAUGUCUGCCAGAUGGUCAUCAAGGGUUAUACUUCAAUAAAAGGUGCUAAGGACAAAAAAAAAAGAAAUUAUCUCACGUGUUUUGACUGAAGUGAUGGAAAUUCUCUAAUAUUCUGCUGAAAAAUAUUGGAAAACAAUUUGGUCACAUAUCAAUAAUCCUUCAUAUGUAACUGUAUGACCAGAGUCUUGCCCACAUCCCUAAACUCUUACCCUGGCCCAUUGGGGAUAGCAUUGAUGCUAUACCAUUCAUUAUCCCCAGUAAAAUAAUUCAGAAUUCAGGAAGACUCAACAAGUGUAAUCUCAAGUAUAGACCUCAGUAGUAUACAGAGUGCACUUCUGGAGUCUAGCCUAAUCAGAGAGCUGAGACACCUUCUACACCUUCUCCAAUCUCGAGUUCUACUAUCUUCUACCUAAUAGUCCAGUCUUAUACCUUCCUUCUUAGCAACCUGGAAAACAAGGUUCUCACUGACCAGCUCUCUCUAAAUAACCUCAUUUAGACCCAAAUGCACUCCAGGAACCAACUCUGACACUUAAAAGCCUACAUUUUCCCUCAGUCUACACAUUGUUUAAAUUCCAACUGAUCUCCUAGGUAUCCAGUGUGGUAGAGUGGAAAGAGCCCAGCUUUGGCAUUAAAGUGAAAUGUGUUCAAA